GUCGACGUUUUGGUUACUUCGGCUGGUGGAGUCGAAGAGGACUUUAUCAAGUGCAUGGCUCCAUCAUACAUAGGCGAUUUCGAACGAUGGUCCGGCGCUCAUCUACGCGGUCUUGGAGUGAAUCGCAUCGGGAAUUUGUUAGUACCAAAUGACAACUAUGUUGCUUUUGAACAAUGGCUUCUACCGUUGUUGGAUAUGAUGUAUAAAGAGCAGGAAGAGCAGGUAAGAACUUCAGUGGCACUCUGA